AUGUUGCCCUGUUUUGAUUACAGUAGCGAUGAUACCGAAGAUGAAGAUCAAUAUGGCGACGAAGCAUUAAACUAUAAUGAAUAUGAUGACGACGAUUUCUAUCAUUCGGAUGAUCAAUACAGCGGAAGAAAUCAAUUAUCUGAUUAUGCGAGUGAAGAUCGUUGUACAGGAGUCCCUCGUUGUACAUUGUUUCUUAAGUUUAAUACAAUGUUGAUUAAGUUUGAUAAUCAUUGGUGA